AGAAUCUGCUUAAAAGAACAACUCGUUCAUCACUAGUUGUAUUGUUGAAGGCAGAUAAACAAGCGCUCUGAGUCGAGGAUGUGCUUUCUGGGAAGUGGGCGGAGUUUGUGGUGUGAAUACGCAGGUGUUGAGAAACUAACUUCCAAACAGUAUGUGCUUCGACUGCUACAGCUCGUGUGCUCUAUAAUGUCCAGCGAUUUUGUACACUGAUAUUAGAGGUAUCGAAAUUAAAUAAUUCACGCGACUAUAUCUGCUGAUCAGAUUGCUGACUGGGGAUAUGGAAUGGCUGCAGCUCUUUUGUAUUAGGCACAAGAAUGAUGCCUUCUUCACAGUGCUUGCAAUAUAGGUAUAUUUCUCCAUUUGGCCACUACAGUUUACAAUCCCUCAACUUUCCAGAAGAGAACGACGAGACUAUGGAGAAAAUCAUUACUGAGGACUCCAUCUGUGGCUCAAACUCCACCGAUUCCCAGCUCUCUCUCACCGACUGUUGCAUGUCUGGAAAUGAGUCCUCUUUGAGCACACAGGCUGACUUCAGGGAUAUCUGCAGAGACAGAAAGACCAACUACAGAUCCACACAGACCAGCUACAGCCCUUACCAGCCCCCGCUAGGUCUACCUUCUGGUUACAAUCCCCAGACGCCCUUUCCCAGUCAGACGGAAGUAUGUCUGAGCACCCUAGAGCCACACAACAGGGACCUGCUCCACUCGAGUUCCAUAGGCAGCAGUUCGGUGGAAUAUCCCAGUGGCAACCUUCCCUCUUGCUUAGUGUCCGAAAAUUACUGCAGUUAUCCUGGGGAUUCCAGCUACUCUUGCUCUCCAGACAGGCACAGUCUGGGAGAAGGAAGUCUGGAACAGCCGCAUUCACUGCGCUCUAUCCCAACUGCGUAUGCGCCUCACAGCUACUGCAUGCCUCCGCACCCCUGCAUGUCCCGUGGGCCGCCCUGCUGUAGUCAAUACCCUGUGGAUGUGUAUCAAAUGGAUCAGGGCUCUCAUUACAGGCCACAUUACCACAUGCCCUGUUGGCCUUCACGCCCUGAAAACAGCAGACAAUCAGCCUCAGAGUUCACAUAUAGUGGCCACACCUCUCCUCACCCGCGAGCUAAACUAACCCCAAGCACAGCCCCUCUAUCCCUGGAGCAGAGGAAGGUCUUUGUUACAUAUGAAGCAGACAGUGAAAAACAUGUCAAAGAGAUCAUCAACUUUGUCGCCCUACUGAGACGCAACGGUUUCUACACUCACAUUGACAUGUUUGAACAACAGUUCAAGAGCAUAAGCAAGAUCGACUUCAUGGAGAGAUACAUCAGCGAAAAAGACUAUCUGAUCAUCAUAGUCAUUAGUCCAAAGUACCACGAGAUUGUGACCAAUGCCUCGUUUUUCAUGGAAAAUGAUGAAACUCUCAACACUGUCUACAUACACAAGCAGUUACAAAACGAGUUCAUUCAGAACGGUGCCAGGAAUUACAGAUUCAUCCCCAUCUUGUUUCCCGGUGCCAAGAAGUGCCACGUACCUUCAUGGCUUCAGAGCACACAAAUCUUCACCUGGCCCAGAGACCGUGAUGACAUUCUUCGUCGACUCAUGCGUGUUGAGAAGUACAACCCUCCACCCAUAGGAGAGCUGCCCACCAUUGUCUCCAUCCCAAUUUAGUUGGCUAGGUUUGUUUCUGUAUGUAGACCCAUGAUAUGCCAGUUGUAAACAGGCCUGGUAUCCGUUUUAAAUUAGUUUACCCCUCUGAGCAACUAGAUGAGUGUUUAGUAUGGUAAAAUCCCUAAAGCUACAGUUAUUUGAUGUAAUCUUUAUAGAAACCUCAUGUCAUAAUUAAUAUUUCACAACUCAUCAAUGAUGAAUAAGUCAGAAUGUGUCCCGACAUGUAGAAGAACUGCAAAUGUUCAUGAGUUACAUUAGUUUGAGUGCUAUGAUUUUUGGAAGUUAGCUCAGUUUUUUCUUUACUUUGUAUUAAGUUGUAUCAAAUUACGAUAAUUUGGGGGGCAAAAAAGGUCCAUUGUCAAUUGUAUAGUGAUGUGCUUCCACAGAAGUUGCAUUCAAAACAAGCAGCUUUCUGUUGGUCAUUGACACAAAUCCAUGUGACCAACUUGAAGUCAUUGUGAAAUCUGCAUGGGGAAAUAUUUUGCUCCGUGCCAAGUUCUUGAUCUUGUGGAUUUCUAUUGAAAUUAGUUGUUUCCGCAAACAUUCAACAAACAAUGAUAAAUGUGACCACACCUUUGGACUUAAUGGAGCUUUCUGUAACAUACCCGGUAGCUAUUAAAAAACGCUUUUAACAUAGAAUAACUAUAGUAGACCAGAAAUCUUCAAAGACAAACCUUUUCAUCAUGCUUCUUUGCUGUUGUGUGAACCUGAAAGAAGCCAGUACUACAAUAUCUUCACACACUUUUCAGAGUUUAUUAUAUAAAACCGCUUGUGCAUUGUGCCUUAGAAUUUCCCUUUGAGUCAUUAGAAUUGUGCCAGAAGAAUACAAACUUUAUGUUGUGAGCUUCACAUGGAGAUUUCAUGGUCAUUCAUGUUCUUAGAUGAUCAUAGUCUGUUUUUAAAAAUAUAAACCCAUUUAAUAAAUGAAAUAAUCUGGAUGGUUUGUUAUACAACUUGUACAAGAAUAGAAAAAUAUGUUUUCAAAAAAGAUUUGAAAACAUCUAGUGACGAGGGUAAUCUUACAUGGAAUGGAAGCUUGUUCCAAAGUUUAGGGCCUACUAUAGAAAUGCAUGUAUAGUUUAAUGUAGCAUGUUAUUGAAUGCACUGGUGGUGUUGGUUCAAUCAAAGAAACUGAAUUGAGUUGAAGAUGCUUGGGAUUUAAUCGAUUAGAUAACAAUGGGUGUGUGUAUGGGUGCAUGUUUAUGUAAUUGCAGUUGCCUAUAAAAAAGGUUGAAUGCUUUGUGCUUUGCCAGAAAAUAUGGCAUGGCGUGCAAAACAAUACCUGCCUGAGGCUAUUGCCACAUGCUCUAGAGAGACUCAAAAUUCCUCACUCCUUUAAUUUCUAAAAAAUAAAAAAAUAAUUCUCAACUAACUGCCCAGUAGAGUUAUGCACAGACUUGUAAUACUGUUUUUAGCAAUCUGACAGGUGGACGCACACACCCUUUAACAAACAGGGUUUAUGAAAUGAUCAAAUAUAUCUUGAAAUGCAAUAUAGGUUGCUUUGGGAUGAAAGCAUCUGUAAAUGUAAAAAGGAUAAUGCCAGUCUUGUAUGAAUUAGUUUUCACUGAAAACAAUAGAAUUAUUAGUAUUUAUGGGUAUUUUAUAUAUUUACAGGGCUGUCAAGCAGGAGUUUCAGUGGAAAAAAAAAAAAAUAAAAUAAUCUUUUCCCCCACAAAGCGAUUUUUAGGGUCACCUUUUUGAAGGUUGACAUCCCCAGUCCUUAAUGUAAGAGAGUAAAACAUCAUCUUUUGUGUUUAAUGGAAUAACGACACGCGGGUGAGUAAAUGAUGUCAGAAUUUUUCAUUUUCAGGUGAAAUAUAUCUUAAACGCUUCUGAACUAAACAUAUAUCAACACACCUGUCAAAACAAACUUCUCUCAAACAACUGUCAUGCAGGAUGGACUAGAGAGCUCAAUCCAUUUAGUUUGUGUCUUCAAGGAGUUACUGAAGGUUAAUUAAGCCCCAUUAAAUAAAGUGUAACCCUUCCUAUUGAGGCUUAUCAGGAAUGAAUUAUUCUAAAUCAGCCGUAACAAUAUAAUCAAGAGGAUUUGGUCAUAGAGAGACUGACAUAAUCCUCAUAUGAACAAUAUUAGCAGUAUCCAAAAAUGAUUUGCUGAGAAGAAAUGGUUAUCAGUUUGUAAUUAAAAUGAGAUGAGAAACAGAAUGAUUGAUUACUCAACUCAAUGACAGAAAAGGUUAUGGGAACAGGAUCUCCAACAUAGUCUUUUUAUAGCUGGUUAAUUUCUAGAUGAAACAAGUUAAUUCCAGGAAUAUGUCAUCCAUCAACUACUACACAGCUCUGUGAAAUAUUUUGAAGGUUUGUCAGUGACAGUGUUUUUACACCUUCACGUUCAUUUGGAAAAUCUACAGAGUCCAAUCAGCACUCGCAGGACAAAACUGCUGUUCUUUGCUUUGUUGUGCCUUAAGAAGGCACUCUUUACAUGUACUAUCAGAUGUUCUAUAAGAAAUCAGAUAGCAGGCCUACUUAAUAAUACUGUAUUAAUAAGACAUUAUUGUGGUGGAUUCUGGGGCUAGCUGUCACACUUUUUACUCAAGUGAAUAUUUUCCAAGUAGGUUUAUUUUUGCAAGUCAAUUUAUGUAUCACUUACCUUUUAGUGUUAUCAGAACACAACAGCAGGGCAGGUGGUCACUUCUUAUAUUUAACUGACAUUUAGUCCAUCUUACCUUUGAUGCUUGUACAUUAAAAUAUAUGAAUAUAUAUGAAAGUCCUUACAGUAAUGUUUUAAUUUUUAGCCAGUGCAGUUGAGAUUAUAGCUACAUUUGUUUCCUAAUAGGGUAGUAAACAUAUAUUAUUCAUGUUUUUUCUAUCCGCCAGUUAUAAUGUAGACCAAUGUAUCGCGUGCGGGUGUGGGGGGGGGGGGGGGGGUCCUUUAGAUAUAUAUUAAAUGUAGCCCUUCUCCCCUAUAAUGCUUUAAAUGUACAUUAGGAUAUUAAUAUUAAAGCAAAUCCCUGCA